CUUCAUCCCGCAGCCACUAUCCCACCAAGUUACUCGAAGAUGCUACUCGGACAUGUUAAUCCAUCUUGGCGACGACAUUCCUCUUCAAUUCUACCAGAUUAAGCUCUACUACGACAUAUCGCAUCUCUGAUUGCCAAACCCGCACAUGCUUUCCAGCAGUGGCCGACGCUAGCCAUAGGCGUCCUCGCAUGCAAACCACCUGCUCUGCGAUAUUUGUGUCUCCAUACCCUGUGUUCUGCUGAGCUGUACGACGAUGGCUACAGCGACGGCAGGGACGAAAAGGUCCUUCUCGGCAAUGAGAGAAGGUGGUACGGGGGGGACGAUGUGGUCUGCCGUUCAGCCAGUUCCAAAUUCUCGCGAAGGAGGAGCGUCUCCUUUCGGGGGAAAGUCUCAAAGGCAACGAAUAGACACCGUUAAUUCGAGCAAUCGGUCGACACCACGCACGACGCCAACGUCAACACCUACACCCUCUGAUCACCACCGGGCUUUGGAGUUAAACAAAUCGAUUGUCCUGAUUGGAAUUCGUGGUUCUGGGAAAUCGACAUUAGCUAUUAUGGCAUCUGCUGCAUCGAAUCGUCGCGUUGUAGACAUCGAAAGUCUCUUCCAUGAAGCCACAGGAUUCUCUACUGCGAAAUAUAGGAAGCAGUUCGGCGCCUCCAAUCACAACCUUAGACAGGAGGAGAUAUUGAGAAAUGCGCUACAGGUUCACGACACUGGUGCCAUCAUAGUAUGCAAUGGAAGCUCUCUGGAACGAAGUGGGCAAGCACUUCUUCAGGAAUUUUCCAAGACGCACCCGAUUAUACAUAUUGUUCGGGACCUGGAGAGUGUCCAUCAGUAUCUUGAAGUUUUGGAAAUGUCCAAAUUACAAGACCUCGUCGCCUUCAGUGGACCAAUAUUCAGGCGUUGCUCCAACUACGAAUUCUACAAUAUGACAGAAACGAAAGUCGCAUUCUCUGUCGCCCCCGCCAAUCAAUCAUCUGUACCUGCAUUUCUCACGCUAAAGCGUGCUGAAAGGACCUUUCUCAAAUUCCUCUCUUUGGUCACCGCUGAAGAGCACAUAAAACAAGGCCAAUUGAAUCCCAUGGCACCGUUUGAGCCAGGGUUUCCGCUUUCUGAAGUGGCUACGGAGUUGCGGAAGUAUACAUGUGCAGUACAGACACCGCUUUCUGUACUGCUAUCAGAAUCUGUGGAUAUUGAAGAACUUGAAUUUGGUUCUGAUGCGUUCGAGAUUGUGAUUGAUCCAGUCGAACUAGAUUCUCAAUCACCAAGACUUUCGCUACAACGAGCGGAAGAUAUAAGUCGAUCCGUAUCCCGUGUCCGUCGAAGCACAGUGGUACCUAUCAUCUAUCAUGUCAGGCCUGUUUCGUGGCAAACGUCGACGAGGGAGUCUUAUCUCGAGCAUGUUCGCCAUGGGCUUCGAUUGGCUGCAGACUUUGCUACCAUUGACCUAUCACUUGACGAGGAAUCCAUCAUAAACAUAAUCAAAUUGAGAGGACCAACUAAAAUCAUUGGGCAUCUACACGCUGCAUUACCUUGGCACAACAGCUUCUGGACGGAAAAGUACGAGAAUGCGAUGCGCUUAGGUUGUACUGCUGUCCGCUUUACUCGACCGGCAAACUUUAUGGAUGACAAUGCCGCCAUCCAGAGCUUCAGAAACAAAAUCGGCGAGCUGCCCAGGACCAUACCAUUGAUAUGCUUCAACACAGGCCGAGCCGGCCGCCGCUCGGCAUGUUUCAAUCAAGUACUCACAAGUGUCAUCCCAGAGAGCCUGCGGGACAGCCCUGGGUUCGCCGACCUGGUGAAGCGCGAUCCGGAGACAUCUUGGCUCACAGCACGCGAAGCAACGCAUGCAUUAUACGCCUCAUUCACUUAUGAUCCAAUGAAGGUACACAUCCUAGGUGCCAGUAGCGGGUACAGCUUGUCGCCUGCAAUGCAUAAUGCCGCCUACAAAGCAUGUGGAAUGCCACAUAACUUCCGCGCGCUUGAAACAACUACCCUCAAUUCUCUCCAAGAGCUCGUCUUAGAUCCGCACUUCGCUGGUGCGGCGAUCAGUUUGCCCUUCAAGAUUGAAGUCAUAUCACUUACACACUCAAUAAGUCGGCAUGCCCGGGCGAUUGGUGCAGUAAAUACUCUUAUACCUGUACGCCAUCUCAAUGAGGAUAGCAGUAUACCAGAGGAUCUGGAUCUCUUUCAAGAGCGUAAUCAAGCUGGGCCCAUCCAAGCUUUGUAUGGCGAGAAUACCGACUGGAUUGGCAUCCGAGCUUGUAUAAGACGUGGUUUAUCACCUGCGAAUGCCGUACGUCCGAGUACAUGUGGUCUGCUCAUCGGAGCCGGAGGCAUGGCACGAGCAGCGACCUAUGCUAUGUUGCAACUCGGGGUGAAGAACAUAGUGAUUUACAAUCGGACAUACUCGAAUGCUGAGAAACUUGUUGCCCACUUCAGCCGUCUUACCUCGUCAAAUUCCAGCACAAAGUUGUUUCCAAAAGCGUCCGGUCAAGGCACACAGCCAACCUUCCGUAUUUUGGAAUCCCGAGAUUCGCCAUGGCCGUCUGAUCUUCGCAACCCGACCAUAAUCUUGUCAUGCAUUCCUACUCAUCCUGUUGGCGAUAGUCCUGCUCCGGAGUUCACUUUGCCCCCAGCUUGGAUGCAAAGUAGUAGUGGAGGAGUGGUGCUUGAGUUGGCCUACCGAACUUUGAACACACCACUAAUGAAGCAAGUGCGGGCCCGAAGUUCGCAGUCAUGGAUCUGCCUGGAUGGGCUUGAUCUUCUUCCUGAGCAAGGUUUUGCACAAUUUGAGUUAUUCACUGGCAAACGUGCGCCACGAAGAAUCAUGAGGGAAGAAGUGUUGCGGUCAUGGAGAGACGAGCGAGGGCAAUCUGAUCCGGGUAUGGUGCAGACAAGAUUGGAAGCCAUCGACGACCAAGAACCAUAAUGUAGAUUCCUUUGCAUACAAUGACAACAAAAAAUUAAUAGU